UUUCUCCCUCUCUCCUUCUCAGUUUUGCGAACUCUGUUCUGGGGUUUUUGUUCUUUGGUCACUCCUCUUUUUCAUCUAUCUCCUGUCCUGGUUGCUCUGUUCUCACUCUCUCUCUGUGGAAGAUCUUCGACAGUGGGGUUCAUGGGUGUGAUGGCUGGGAUGGAAAAGGAAUCAUUAUCUGAGGAUAUGGAUAUGAUGAGCGAGAACAAGAAGUGUUGUCUCGAUUGCAAGACUACAAAGACCCCAUUGUGGAGAGGUGGGCCUGCUGGGCCCAAGUCAUUGUGUAACGCCUGUGGGAUCAGAUACAGGAAAAGGAGGAUUGCUAUGGUGGGUUUGAGCGUCGGAUCAUGCGGGAAAAGAGACAUGACACCUGGUCAUGGUACUUGUGCUGCCACCGCCACAACCGCGACGUCUGCUAUAACUGUUGGUAACGGCGGCAGAGACCUGAGUAUGUCCUUGAAAACGAAGUUAAUGGCAUUGGGUAAGGAUUUGUUGUUGCAAAGGUCACCAUCAGUGAUGAAGAAACAGAGGUGGCAGAGGAGGAGGAAGCUGAAGGAGGAGGAACAAGCAGCUGUGUCUUUGAUGGCCCUAUCAUGUGGCUCUGUUUUUGCCUGAUGGAACAAGACGAGGGAAUAACAUAAAAAGAUAAAAGACCCUUAACGAACCAACACAUAUCAUACCUUUAGGUGUCGUUUUAGCUCUACUUUUUCCUUGGUUUUCAAUAUUCAUGAAAGGAAGAGAAAAGCCCCUUGUUCAUCCUAUUUGGGCUUUUAAAAUAUAUAUAUAUUUACAUUAUAUAUGAAAAAGAAGAAUGAAAGGGAUAGUGAGGGAAAAUACAGGGUGAUGGUUGAUGGAAUGGCAUUGCUGCUAUUGUUACUACAUGUUGUACAUAUACUCGCAAGUAAUGAAAUAUUUUAUUUCUGUUU